GUACAUCACAACAGAAUUAGUUUUUUCUUGAAUGGCUGGGAAGAUGACAACACACCUUUUGAUUCAAGGAUUCUUGUGGGAACAGUUGCAGAUACUGAUGGUACACUGCAAAUUGGACAAAGCUUCACAGGCUUAGAACAAUUCGUUGGAAGAAUGCAAGAUUUUCGAUUUUACCCAGUGGCACUUACAAACAGAGACAUUUUGGAAGUAUUCUCUGGAAAAUUUCCUCAUCUGCAUACCCAAUCUGAGUGCCGCUGUCCUGGAAGUCAUCCCCGGGUACACCCCUUGAUACAGAGGUACUGCAUCCCUAAUGGUGCAGAUGAUACCACUAAUGACAGAGUGCUGAGGCUGGAUGCAGAAGCCCAUCCUCUGUGUUACAUCAACGAUGAUGACAUUGGGACCACCUGGAUUUCAUCUGUGUUUGCUAAUGCUGCAGAUCUGGAUCAUGGUGUUUCAAUCACAAUAGAUUUACAAAAUGGACAGUAUCAGGUAUUCUAUAUUAUACUGCAGUUCUUCAGCCCACACCCUGAAGCAAUAAGAAUUGAAAGGAAAAAAAGAGAUGAUCUAAACUGGGAAGACUGGCAAUAUUUUGCUAAAAAUUGCAGUAUUUUUGGAAUGGGUAACAAUGGAUCUCUGGAAAAACCAGACUCUGUCAACUGUCUCCAGCUUCCUAGCUUUACACCGUAUUCCCAUGGUAAUCUAACUUUUAGUGUUCUUACCCCGGAACCAAAUCACCGACCUGGUUACAAUGACUUUUACAAUACUCCAUCUCUCCAAGAAUUUGUAAAAGCUACACAAGUGAGGAUUCAUCUCAGUGGCCAGUAUCAUACUAAUGAGCCUUGGGUAAAUUUUAGGCAUAGAUACUAUGGAGUUAAUGAAGUUACGGUCAGUGGAAGGUGUAAUUGCCAUGGCCAUGCUGAUAAUUGCAAUGCAGCUAUGGAACCAUAUAGAUGCCUGUGUGUCAAGGAAAGCUAUACGGAAGGAAAUAAUUGCGAUCGCUGUUUGCCAUUGUACAAUGACAAGCCUUUUCAUCGAGGUGACCAAGUUCAUGCCUAUAAUUGCAAACCUUGUCAGUGUUAUAACCAUGCAGUAAGCUGCCACUAUGACUUAGCAAUGGACCCUUUUCCUCAGGAAUACUACAGAGGUAGUGGUGGAGUGUGUGAUAACUGUCAACACAACACAACCGGAAGGAACUGUGAGCUGUGCAAGGAUUUCCAUUACAGACAAGCAGAUGCAGAUCUUUCAGCCACUGAUGUUUGCAAACCCUGUGACUGUUGUGCAACAGGCACCAAAAAUAAGAGCCUCCUGUGUGAUAAUAUUGGAGGCCAGUGUAAUUGUAAGAGACAUGUGUCUGGCAGACAAUGCAAUCAGUGCCAGGAAGGAUUCUACAAUCUACAACAGUCAAACCCUGAUGGCUGCAGUCCCUGUAACUGUAAUACCUCUGGGACAGUCAAUGGAGAUAUUACCUGUCACCAAAAUUCAGGCCAGUGCAAGUGCAAAGCAAAUGUUAUUGGUCUUAGGUGUGAUAGUUGCAAUUUUGGAUUUAAAGCUCUCAGAUAUUCUAAUGAAGAUGGAUGUGAACCUUGUUGGUGCAACAGCCACGGCUCAGUGAACCAAUUCUGCAACCCUCUUUCUGGGCAGUGCAAUUGUAAAGAACGAGUGAAAGGGCUUCACUGUGACACCUGCACGGACAACUUUUAUGGUCUGGAUGUAACUGGUUGUAAGGCUUGUGAAUGUAAUGUUGCAGGGUCGUUUUCUGGAACUGUGUGCGAUGCGAAGACAGGACAAUGUGCAUGUAAACCAAAUAUUGGAGGAAGACAAUGUGACGAAUGCCUGGAUGGCUACCACAAAGUACAGGAAAAUAAUUCCUUUGUGUGUCUGCCAUGUAACUGUGAUAAGGCAGGUACAGUAAAUGGCUCUUUGCUUUGUGACAAAUCAACAGGACAGUGUCCUUGCAAAGCCGGUGUAACUGGCCUUCAGUGCAGUCAGUGCAUGCUUCACACGUACAACCUCAGCGUGAGCAACCUCCUUGGCUGCCAGCGUUGCGAGUGUGACGCUCUGGGCACAUUGGCAGGAACGGUCUGUGACCACGUUUCUGGACAGUGUGUCUGUUUACCUCAGCGUCAGGGGAGAAGAUGUGAUGAGUGUAAACCAG